GUCGAUUGGGUAGGUUGGAGCUUUAGAAUUUAGGAAGGGUCGUGGACGGUGUAGGAUCGGUUUGAAAAUGAGUCUUCGGAAACAAACUCCCAGUGACUUCUUGAAGCAGAUCAUUGGAAGACCAGUGGUUGUGAAACUGAACUCUGGGGUUGAUUACCGAGGUGUCCUGGCAUGUCUGGAUGGGUACAUGAACAUUGCAGUGGAGCAGACGGAAGAGUAUGUCAAUGGACAGCUGAAGAACAAAUAUGGAGAUGCUUUUCUGAGGGGUAACAAUGUGUUGUACAUAAGCACUCAAAAGAGGAAGAUGUAAUGAAGACUGUUCUUCAUUUUUUUUUUUUUUUAAUAUUGGUUGUGUUUUGAUUUUCUUUAUAAUUUUUUUUUAAGCAUUUAUGUUGUGUCUCAGCCUCUGUACUCCAGUCUUUGAAAAUCUGGUUCUGUUGUAAUUGGUUGUUCUAGUUUGAUUGGAGGUGUUUUUGGUAUACGAAAAGAUGAUUCAAUAAACAGUUUGUGCAGAG